AACACAAUAAUAAUCUUACAAAGGUACAUUAGGACAUGUUGGUUAUGCGGAAUCAUCCACAUCGCUCAAUUUUCGGUUGAAAAAAAACCCCCAAAACCCAACCGAUCUUUUGCGUUAGUACAUGUACGUGAGUGAUAUACUUCCUGCUGGUCCAUACUGCUGUACAGUGUACAUAAUGUGUAUUUGUUUACAUGUAGUACGUGAAUGGAGAAGCAUGAAAGCAUUCAGGUGCACACUUCGAAUCGUUUUAUUUUUGUGUAUUUUUACGUUUGUGACUUCGGAGGAUCAAUGCAAUUUAACUUUAAAAACGGAUCCUUUAUAUAUAUUCUUAGGAGAAGAGACAAAUCUAACUUGCACGCUUUAUAGAUUUCGGACUGUUUACAACACCUCUGGCUCUGAAAAUCACGUCUCAAUCAGAAACUGGAAUGAGCAAAAUUUGAAUAUUUCAAGCUAUGUCAUAGACAAUGACAACUCCACUGUCACUGCACACGCACAAGAUGUUGUUUCUGUUAAUUCGGUCCCAGAAAGAGUGGCGAUUUUGUGGUAUAACUGCACUUCCCGGUUGUGCAAAGGCAAAUCAGUGCGACGGUACCUUAAUAUAGAGAAUCGCCCGGUGAAAGUAUCAAAUGGCUCUUGUCUAGUCUACAACUGGCAAAACAUGACGUGUGCCUGGGACCUGGGGGUGAUCUACAGGAACACCCGUGACGUCAGCGUAACCGUCCAAUACAACGACUCCAUCUCAGAUUUUACUAACCUCGACUACGACGUUACGUUACACUGGAGCGUAUAUACCCAUUUGUCUCCUUGUAAACACAUACAAAUCAAAGGGAAAUGUUUGACGUGUAAGAUGUUAGAGAAUGACGACAGAGAGAGUUACAGAAGGGGAACUUACAUGUUUGUCGUCAAUAUCACCAACAGCAGACGACCGGAUGCAGGCGUAUCGUCACGGUUCUACUUUAACACGGAUGAACUAGUUCAACCUGCGAAAGUCGAAAACGUUUUAACACAGGUGAAUAAAACGGAAAUUAAUUUAUUGUGGAGUCACUCCAAGCCUUACGUCUCACUUCAGUUCAAGAUAGAAUACAAGUCUCAGUGGGAAAACGAUUGGAAAGAAAAAAUCUAUAGCCGGGAAAUCAAUGAUUUUGAUCCACGGAUGAAGCCCACUAAAGAAAUGGGCGUUACGCUGACUGAUCUGACCCCAUACACAAUGUACGACAUCCGGAUAUCGUGUAUACCUAUUGUCUCGGGGGAGGUCAAGGGCUUCUGGUCUGAGACGUUUAUGACCACCGCCAGAACUCUGGAGGAUGUUCCAUCGGCAGUUCCUGUGGUACAACCGUCAUUUUUCAGCUGUAUUGCCCCGGAAUGCAGCGAGAUCCAAAUCUACUGGCAGCCAAUCAAAGAAGAAGACAACAGAUGCGACAUGAUGCGGUACAAAGUAGAGCCGGUGUCGCCAAAAUCGGCACACAGUAGACCAGUGUUUGCAGCAGAAGACUCGGUAUCGGCAAGGCUACCACUGAACACAAAUGCCACCGUCCAAAUCAGUGUCGUACCAUUUAAUGAAAAGACGAACGAGUUUCCGUUGAUGGAACCUUCAAUGUUAGUCAUACCGCCGAAAUCACAGUGGCCAAGAGCUCCAGUCCACUUGGAAGCGUUAAGUGACGGCAAGGAGUCUAAAAGUGUCACUUUAACUUGGAGCUAUCCUGAUGAUUUUAGAAACAAGCCCUUCAAUGGAGACUUCACUGUUGUCUGGUGUAAGAAAAACAUAGACGGAAUAUGUCAGAAAGAGUUAAAUUGGUUAGGGGCUGUUGUCAACACAACGCUUCAAAUAGAAGUAUCUAACGGAUCUACUGUUGACGACUACAUUUACGGAAUAGCUGCUGAUGGUUAUUACGGGGGAGUAAGAAGUAGUAGUGGAAUAGUGUGGGCUGACUGUGUGCAUUUCACUAACAGAACAAUAUCCGAGAAACUGGACGUGAUAUCUAUAGUAGAGGAAAUUGACCAGGGUAUAAUGAAGAUUGCGUGGAGACGAUACAAAUGUAAGGAGUUCAGAGGCCAAGUCAUACAAUACAUCAUUACAUAUUGUGCUGAGCGGAAUUGCAAAGAUACCACUCAAUCUCUGAACGUUAGUAAGGAUGAGAGGAAUUACACCAUCAGGGGCCUAGCUCCGGCCAAGUACAGACUGUGGGUGGGGGCUGUAUCGGACGCAGGGAGAGGCCCCAGCCGACAAAUCGAAUUUAUGAUCUAUAAAAAGCAAAACUUUCUUGGCCAGAAUGGAAAUGAGAACGUCGCCUUGGCAGUUGGAAUCGCUCUGGGAAUAUUAGUGGUCAUUGCGCUUACUAUUAUGGUGCCAUACUGCUUGUGGAAGCAUUUUAGAACACUGGGAAAAGACGAAAUUGAAUUACCUAAAAUUGUACUGGAAAAAAAUUCUCAGACCACCAGCGGAAGGGAAAGCGAGGUGCUUAGUUCGAACGGCUCCUCUACUUCCACUCAAUCGACGACCAACCAUAGCGGCGAAACCCAUGACUCCGGAUUUGGGCCUAUGAGAAGCGUCAUGACCAGUGAGAUGCCUACUCAUUACCAACCUCUACAGAUCAUGAGCAGCGCGCGUGUCCCGGACCAGUACUACGACCCUGAAUGUGUUCAGUUUGAUGCGCUUGGUGAAGAAACGAGAAUAAUGGAAACAGAUUCUUCGGAAAGCAGUCGAUUACUGGAAAUUAAAAAUAAUCCCAUCUCUGAAGAAAGUGCUUACAAAUCAGACUUGAGUUCUAGAUACAAGAGUUCACAGCAUUCGCAAAAUUGUGACGAACUUCAGCAAUUAGUGACAGGGACAGACAACAGUGUACACGAAGCAGACGACAGUUCAGUUGGUAGCGAGCGAUAUAGUAUGGACGAUAUUAGUACUGUUUUAGACAAUGAUUGUGGCAAUGAAGACAUAACAGAUUCAGUAACAAGCGGUGGUUCUUUGCCGGAUUAUCUCCCAUCACAAAUUAAUAUCAGCAAUCAAAAGAGCCAGACAGUCGUUUGCUAUAAUAGUGAUUACGUCACAAGUAACGAUUUCUCAAAUUUUUCAUGAAGGGAAAUGUUGAAUAUGUUGGGUAUGAGAUUAUUUUUGAAAAAAAGGGUAAAACUGUAUUAACUAACAAUAAACAUUGUUAAAUUUGGUUUUAUAUAUAAGCAAGGAUACACGUGCAUUGGAUUGAUAUUGUAUAUUGAAUAAAACAUACAAAAUAUGCACGUCUAUUGUAAAUUUAUAUGGUCAGCUUUAGACGGACGAAUUGUGGCAUUAUAUUUACACCAUAUUUUUCUUCUUGACCUAUACAAUUUUAAGGUAUUCAAUGUAUAACGACCACAUUUUGUACCUAAUAAAUGAAAGGUCCGAUAUUCUUAAUCAUGAUAUCAUUUUGAAGGUAUUAUCAAAUAAAAAUACUCCACCAAAGGAAUUUUCAAAAUUUUGAUAAUGGUCCAACUAAUUACACCUGGAAUUUUGCAUUGAAGUCUAUGGGCAACGUAUCUUAUCUUAAGAUAUUGUAAAAAGUAACUUAAAAUUCGCAAAACUCUCUUGGUUAAUAUAUGCAUAAACUU